AUGUCAGGAGCAGCAGCAGCAGAAGAAGAAGAUCAGUUUGAAUCGGUUCAGGACGUGAUCGAACUUGACCCUGCAUGUAAUGAUGAUUCCGGUUCCGGAUCUGAAUAUGGAACAGGAUCGAGCGAGUAUUCCACAGAUUCAUUGACUUCCUCUAUCUAUGAAUAUCGCUACGAAAACGGCCGCAGAUAUCACGCCUACAAGGAAGGCAAAUAUGUCUUCCCUAAUGACGAAACCGAGCAAGAAAGAUUAGAUAUUCUACACCAUAUUUAUGUGUUGCUAUAUAAGAACAAGCUUCACUUAGCGCCAGUAGAAGAACCUCAGAGAAUCUUGGAUAUCGGUACUGGAACAGGUAUCUGGGCAAUUGAUGUCGCCGAGAAGUACCCAAACGCCGAAGUCAUCGGGACAGAUUUGAGUCCUAUUCAGCCAAGUUGGGUCCCUCCAAACGUUCAAUUCCAAAUCGAUGAUGCGGAGGCCGAUUGGACAUUUGCAAGGAAUUCUUUCGACCUAAUCCAUAUACGCCACCUGAACGGAGCAAUUAAAGAUUGGCCUAAGCUUAUAAGAGAAGCUUACAGAUGUACCAAGCCCGGCGGCUGGAUCGAACUCGCAGAAUACGAAUUCUUCCUCCACAGUGACGAUGACAGUCUUCCCAAGAGCAGCUCCAUCUACAAGUACUACGAUCUAUGUAAUCAGGCCGCCACCAAGCUAGGACGGGAAUUCAAAAUCGCCGCCAAUCUCAAACCAAUCCUUGUGGAGGCUGGAUUCGAAUCUGCCCACCACCAGGUCAUGAAGGUUCCGUUCGGAACGUGGCCUGCGGACAAGUUGCAGAAAGAGAUGGGCGCAUUCUUAUACAUGACAGCUGAUGAAGGCUUUACGGCCUUUGGUAUGGCUCUGUUGACAAGAGUAAUGGACAUGGAGGUGGAUGAAGUCAACGCAUUGAUUGCCCUGGCGAAAGUAGAUGCGAAGAGCAGGAAGAUUCAUUCUUAUUCUCGACAGCAUAUCUACUACGCACAAAAGCCUAUGUGCAGCGAUGAUGAUGAAGACUGA